CUAGGCAGUUUUCCCACCUCUAUUAGCAAAAUAAGUCUUAAAUUGUUGAUUUCUAAAAAUUUAAAGAAUAAUCCAAUAUCAAGGAAAUUAUCAGCAGUCGCAUAACGGAAUAUGGGCAAGCACAGAACCGCACAGCAAGAUGCAAUAUUCGUUGCAUUUAUGGAACGGCAUCCAAUCAUUGCCAAAAACUACCUCAAGGGCGACAAGCAAGCGGCGGAGGCAGCCUGGAAGCGAUUAGCGAAGGAGCUGAAUAGCGUUGGUCCUCCUGUAAAGGAGGCCUGCGAGUGGAAACGGGUGUGGAAGGAUUGGAAGAGUUGCAUCAAAAAGAAGAUUACCAAUAACCGCCUUGAGGACUCAAAUGCCAGUGGCAAGGGUUCGCUGUACCAGGACACUCUCACCCCCCUGGAGGACGCGGUAGCUGUGAUCAGCGACUUGUACGACAUGGCAGACACUAUUGUCGAGGCCCGGCCAAAAACCCGAUCAGAAAUGUCCCACAGCCUUUCUCUGCGCAACAUAAAAACUGACAACGAAGACGCCCAGCAGACGGACAGUGAAGACUACGAGGAGGAGGAGGAAGAGGAAGACGAAGAGGAUUGCAGUAACUCUAUCAACGUGAAGGGCGUCAAGUUAGAGCAGAGUAUGAACUGCACCACUCCACGGACGAGUCCUAAGAAACGAAAACUGGAUGCCGAAGAUUCUUUGCAAAUUGAGCAUGAGAGCUCCGUUCCUGUGCUAAUUGACAUCGCAAAGGAACUGCGCGAACUAAAUAGGCAAACCCGCUUGAACGCUCAGCGAAGUGAAGCUAAUACGGAGGCAAUAUUAGCUUUGGGUACGCAGAUCUCAGAUAUAAUGCAACAACAACUAAAAGAACGCAAGCGUCUCAAUGUCAUAAUGGAAAAAUUCGUACUCAAAAUGGAAUCUUCAGAAUAGUGGCAGACAUAACUAAUAAUUUCUCUGUCUUUAAAUAUAUGUACACAGUUCAAGUCUGAGUAUCUA